GUAUAGAAAAAUAACCGUCAUCCUAUUUCAAUGCGUGAGAGCUACGCAAAAAAAAACGAAAAAAAAAAAAAACGAUGAUACUGAGGCCAAUUUCAGUUAAUGCUUUUGCGCCAUAACGUCAACAUCGAUAGUCCUCCUGGAAUCUUCUGGGGUUUACUUCCCUGCCCUGGCUCUGGCUCCAUUCCAUCACCCUCAGGCUCCAGUAUCCUUGCUGCCAGAUUAAAAUCGCUGUGCUAUUGGAAUUUGGGUGUAAGACGCAAGGUUUUUGUCACCUUUUCCUUUGGGGUUUAAAGUUUGAAAUUGUUUGCCAGAGACACGACAAUGAAGAGGUUAACGCAUUCCAUCACGGAAAUCGCCAUACUCUGACCAAGUUAUCAAACGUUAGUGAUGAGACCGGAGAAGAUCCCGUCGGGUUUCCUGCGCACCAGUAUUUGGCGGUGCUGCUGACUCCUGCAGUGUGGUCGACCGAGUCCGCGAGACAUCCCAUGAAAAACAAACAACACCUUAAUUGUAUUUGGGAGAGGCGGUGCUCGGUUUGGAACUUUGAUAUAGAGUUGUUGUUGCUCUUUCUCAAGGAUACACUCAUCAUGACGAUUCCAUUAUCUCGGAUUCAACUUGCUCUGUUCUUCAUCCUUCUUUGUCCUGUCAAUAUCAUCGGACUAUGGUGGGCGGUGGGCAGUCCUCUGGUCAUGGAUCCCAACAGUAUCUGCAGGAAGACAAAGCGCCUGGCUGGCAAACAGGCAGAACUGUGCCAGACCCAGCCAGAGAUUGUCAGCGAGGUGGCCAAGGGCGCCAAGCUAGGCGUCCGGGAAUGUCAGUACCAGUUUCGCUAUCGUCGGUGGAACUGCACCAGUCAGAACAAGUACUUUGGCAAAAUACUCCAACAAGACAUCCGCGAAACAGCGUUCGUGUACGCCAUCACAGCGGCGGGGGUGACCCACACGGUGACCCAGGCCUGCAGCAUGGGAGACCUGCUCCAGUGCGGCUGCGAGGCCACCCGCAGCCGAGCGCCUCCCCGGCCCGCCUCCUCCGGCGAGGGCGUCAAGUGGGAGUGGGGCGGCUGUGGGGACGACGUGGAGUUCGGCUACGAGAAGUCCAAGCAGUUCAUGGACGCCAAGAGAAAGAAGGGGAAGAGCGACAUCCGAACGCUGAUCGAUCUGCACAACAACGAGGCCGGCCGCUUGGCGGUCAAGAACUACAUGAGGACUGAGUGUAAGUGCCAUGGGCUGUCUGGCUCCUGUACUCUCAGAACAUGCUGGAAGAAGAUGCCCCACUUCCGGGAGGUGGGCGACCGCCUGCUGGAGCGCUUCAACGGCGCCUCCAAAGUGAUGGGCGGCAACGACGGCAAGACCCUCAUCCCGGUGGGCCAGAACAUCAAACCCCCGGACAAACAGGACCUUAUCUACUCGGCGGAGUCACCUGACUUUUGCCUGCCCAACCGCAAGACAGGCUCACUGGGCACGAGGGGCCGCAUGUGCAACAGCACCGCGAUGGACGUGAGUGGCUGUGACCUUCUGUGCUGUGAGCGCGGCUACAGGGAGGAGACGGUGGUGUUUGAGGAGAACUGUCUGUGCCGGUUCCACUGGUGCUGCGUGGUGCAGUGCAAGAAGUGUUCUGUGAGGAAGGAGCUCAGCCUGUGUCACUAGGAGACCUCCAUCUGCAACCUGAGAAACAUGUGAAGAGUUGGGAGUCUCCUCUGUUAACUAGAAUUACGCUCUGAGAAACAAGCUUCCACACUUCAGUCGUUGAACAGGAGAGCCCUGGGAGAACAGUGUCUGAUCUAGGAUCCCCCGGGCUGUGACUCUUCAGGGGAGCUGUUCUACGUGGUCCCUGCGCUCACUGAGAGAGUGAGGCUCCAUCCAUAUGGGUUCUAGAAACCUGACAGCUGGACCUCCUACUCUUCUGGACCCCACAUCUACCGCUGACUAAGCUCUGCUUAGUGGGAAGCUGAAUAUCACCUUAUACCCCAAAUCUCAUCUCCCAGAACAGAAUGUUGGGGAACUUCUCAUAGAAGACUAGCGGGAGACUUGUUUUCCCACAAGGUUCUCAGCAUUUGGUACAGAUCGUUUCACAUGUAGAACGGAAGCUUCUUCUCAAACCACUUCACUAAAUUCCCCCACCUUGAACCUUUAGAAUUGUCCAUCGACCCAGACUAAAACCUGAACCAAAUGUUCUCACUUUAACCUAAGAACAAGUCAGGCCCAAAGAGAAAUGAGCAGCAAUCUGUCAUUAGAUACUGUAAAUAUUGCUGUAAAGCACACAGAGUCAGUCAUGUUACUGUGGUGGCAGUUGUAACCAAAGAUUUAAGUGCCACUAAGACACAGACUUUGAAUGAAGUUAGCUAGGACUAAUAUCAGAUACAAAUGCUAUGACUUAUACAGUACUAGAUUGAUAGUGCCAUAUUUUUCAUAUAACAAAUCAUAAUUUAAGACAAAUGGACGUUAGCAUUUGAACAUACCCAACAUGGAGGACAGCUUUUCUUGUAUCAAUGACAAUUUGAAAAAAAAGGGAAUCCCAGGGUUGUCCAAGGACUACCAACUUGCUGGAUGCUGAUGAGUUUGGUUGACACCAAAGACUGUUUAUUUAUAAACCUUCGAUAACAAGACUACUCAUAGUGGUAACAUGAGGAACGUGCCUACCAUCUCUUUUAAAAGCACUUUGGAUAUGGGAGUGUAAACCAUAUGUUAACAUUGUUUCUAUUCGUUUGAGUAGUUUGUAGAUGAAAAGAGAAUGUUUUUUUUUUUUUUUUUUAUGGUUCAGUAUAAAGAAAGUAUGAUAUUAUAUUUUGUUUAUUCGUUUGAUAUACAGGGCUUUUGUAAUGCACUUUCAAUCAAGCUUUUGGUGUGUGUAGUCAUAUUCUGCAGAAUGGCCAGUUGUUUUCACAUCCAAUAGACCCAGACAUUUGUGUGGUUGAGUUGAUAAAUGUUGUUUUUUAAAAGCACACUUCCUCUGACAUGACCCUCUGUCAAAGUUCUAUAUGACAGGCAGAUCAGACUUUCUUGUUUUGUUGCUUGUUUUGUGGGAAUAAAACCUUCUGUCUCCAA